UUAGGGGAGACGUUUAGAAGCGGUGCACCAUGGCCAGUUUGGUUCUGAAGAACCGCCGGGCGACUCUGGAAAGAGCCGAGAAAUUCGUCUCCGCCGAAUAUUUCACUGACAUUAACCUGCGGGGCCGGCUGUUUGGUGCUUGCUGUCCUGUUGAAUCACUUUCCUAUUUUCUGGCACCCUCGCGCAUCCUGUAUGAGAAAGCUGUGACGCGAGAAUUUAUUCCUGCUAAGGUUGGAGAUUCCUUUGGACCAACAUGGUGGACGGCCUGGUUCAGGGUGAUGCUGACUAUUCCAAAGGCUUGGAAAGGUGAGGAAGUGCACUUUGUGUGGGAGAGCGAUGGAGAAGCGAUGGUGUGGAGAAAUGGCAUUCCAGUACAGGGACUGACCAAAGAAGGGGAGAAGAUCAGCUAUGUCCUGACAGAGAAACUCACAGAUGAAGAACCUCACAGCUUGGAGCUGUAUGUGGAACUGGCGUGCAAUGGAUUAUUUGGAGCAGGGAAGGGCUCGAUGAUUUCAGCCCCGGAUCCGAACCGCAAUUUCACUCUCUACAGAGCUGAGCUGGUUGUCUUCAACAGAGACGUUCAUGAGCUGCUGAUUGACUUCGAGAUCCUCUCUGACAUUGCAAAGCACCUCGGCAUUGAAAAUCAGCGUAGCUAUCAAGCAUUGUACACUGCCAAUAAGAUGGUGAAUGCCUGUGAUGUGGAAGACAGGAGCACAUUUGCAGAAGUUCACAGAUUGGCUAGCGAUUUUCUUCAGCAAGAGAAUGGCAAGAGUCAGCAUACAGUGCAUGCAAUGGGAUAUUGCCACAUUGAUACAGCUUGGUUGUGGCCUUAUGAGGAGACUAUUCGAAAAUGUGCUAGGAGCUGGGUAUCUACACUUCGCCUUAUGGAGAAAAACCCAAACUUUAUCUUUACUUGCUCACAGGCACAGCAGUUGGAGUGGGUAAAGAACUGUUAUCCAGACUUAUACACACAAAUCAAGGAGUUCGCUGAGAAGGGACAGUUUGUCAUGGUGGGAGGUACCUGGGUGGAAAUGGAUGGAAAUCUCCCUUCUGGUGAAUCCAUGGUGCGACAAUUCCUUCAGGGUCAAAGGUUCUUCCAACAAGAGUUUGGGAAGCAUUGCUGUGAGUUCUGGUUGCCAGAUACAUUUGGAUAUUCUGCACAGCUGCCACAGAUUAUGCAGGGAUGCGGUAUCACACGCUUUCUCACUCAAAAGCUCAGUUGGAACCUGGUGAAUGAAUUCCCGCACAACACAUUCUUUUGGGAAGGAAUUGAUGGCUCCAGGGUCCUGACCCAUUUUCCACCUGGUAACUCCUAUGCAAUGAAAUGUCAGGUAGAGGAUCUGCUGAAUACAGUUAAAAAUAAUAAGGACAAAGGUCGUGUCAAUGACAGUGCCAUACUAUUUGGGUUUGGAGAUGGGGGCGGUGGACCCACACAGGACAUGUUGGAUCGACUACAGAGAGUUGAGAACACAGAUGGGCUUCCCAGGGUGAAACAAUCCAGCCCAGAAACCUUCUUCUCAAUUCUGGAAGCUGAUACCACAAUGCUUUGUACCUGGGUUGGUGAACUGUUUUUGGAACUACACAAUGGCUCCUAUACUUCACAGGCAAAGAUUAAGAAAAGCAAUCGUAAAUGCGAAUGUAUCCUUCGCAGUGUUGAAGUUGUGAGCAGUCUGGCAUCUGUACAGAAGGACACCUUUGAAUAUCCAAGUUGUCAACUGCAGCAUCUCUGGAGACUGUUGCUCCUCAAUCAGUUCCAUGAUGUGCUGCCUGGUACAUGUAUACAGUCUGUAGUGGAAGACGCAAUAAAGUUCUAUGAAGAAAUCCAGAGCAAUGGGAAUGAACUUCUGAAAGAGGCAAUACAGUGUCUCCUGGGAGGAUCUGUGCAGGAGACUGGGAAGAACAUCAAUGUGCUCAACACCCUGUCAUGGGAACGGACUGAGGUUAUCUCAAUGCCUCGACUGGAAGGAGACGAAGUCCUGGCUCUGGUAAAGGUCCCCAGUGUAGGGUUUGCCACAGUGACCAACCCCCUGGUCCCACCUCAUCCAGUUAUUGUCACUUCUCAGGGAGAUGGCUCUGUACUUAUGGAGAAUGGAAUUCUCAAAGUCGCAUUUGAUUCAUUGGGUCGUAUAACAUCACUUUCUCAUUUACUUUACAAAAGGGUCUGGGGGCACAAGUGGGCUGAUCUAUCGGAGCAUGGCUUUGGUGUAGCAUUACUGAAUGAUUGCAAGUAUGGAUACUCAGUGCAUCGCAACAUAAUGACACUAUCCCUCUUGCGAGCUCCAAAAGCACCAGAUGCCACAGCUGAUAUGGGCCAUCAUCAGUUCACUUAUGCUAUCAUGCCCCAUGCAGGUUCUUUCCAAGAGGCCAAUGUGAUUCAGUUUGCUUACAACAUUAACUACCCAUUACAUAUUGUGCCUGCUGAACCCAGUGUCAGUGCUUCCAGUUCCUGGAGUGCUUUCUCGAUCCAGUCUCCUGCUGUCAUUCUGGAAACUAUUAAACAGGCUGAAGACAGAAAAAAUGCUUUGGUAAUUCGGCUGUAUGAGUCACAUGGCAGCACCGUGGUCACAUGGUUGCAUACUUCACUGCCUGUUAAACAAGCAGUCUGGUCUGAUCUUCUGGAACAGCCCAUCGGAACCAAACCCCUCUCCAUCAUUGACAGUCAGAUCCAGCUUUCCUUCACUCCAUUCCAGAUCCGUUCCCUACUGCUCACUUUCUGAGCUAUAAUUGUAGAAAGUGGGACUCAUACAUGGUUUCUAUUAAUUUCUAUUAAUUAGUUUCUUUUUAAAUUAUCAUUGAAAUAGUUUCUAAAUACAACACAAUCAAGCAUACUGUAGUAAAUGAACAGCAUUAUUUAAUGAAAUUACCAAUGCAAAAAAGGUAUGUCUUGAUCAUUCCUUACACUUGUAGAGUGUGAUUUGCUAGUUUUCACAUAUGACUGUAGGUAGACUGUUAAGAUCUCAGCAGCAAUAACAGCUAGUAUUAUACAGCAUUUUUAACAUAGUAAAUUGGUUAAAGCUGCUUCUGAUCUGGAGGUGAUGGUGUCGAACUGGAGUGGACGAAGUCAGAUGACACCAGGUUAUAGUCCAAUAGAUUUAUUUGAAAUCACAAGCUCUUGGAGUAUUGCCCCUUCGUCAGGUGAAGCUGCUUCCGUCAUCAGUUAAAACUAGUGAGAAACUCAGAAGGGUGAACAAAACCUUGUUCUGAGGUAGGCUUCAAGCAGCACGUCAAGAGAGAAAUUUAGGAAGGGAACGAUAGAGCUGAGGUUCUGGAAUAUCGUAGAAGGUUACAGGGCCACAUUUUAACAGCAGAAUGAAGAAGUUAAAAAUCUAGGCUUUUGACAAUGUAGGUCUGUACGUAGGGGAGUGAAAAACGAUUGGAAGUGAUAGGGGAAGCUAAAUUUUAUGUAAGUUUAAAGACAGUAUAAAAUAGAAGGCUGGCUAGGGGAAUAUCGCAAGAGUCCAGUCUAUAUUUAACAAUCAGUAUGAGGAUUUCAGCAGCAGACAGGCUGAGGUAGAGAUGGGGGAUAAGGCACAAUCCACAACUGUUCCAUUAUUUUGGCUGUAGACCACCUGUCUCUGAUCAGGGCAAAUACAUAGGAAGUAUUUUCCUUUAGAAAACAUUUGUACAAUUCACCAGCCCAGGACAAAAGUCUACACACCUGGAGACUUCCCUCUAGUUUAUUAAAACUUACAUAUGGCAAACUGUUUUCUAAAGAUCUUUUUAAUUAAAAAGUCAGUAAACAAAUCCUAUUGAGAAUGAUUAGUGGAAUAAAAUGAUUUUUGCAAUUACACAAAA